GAAAAAUUCAAUGGGAGGGUGUAAAAUGUAAUUAGCCCACUAUUAUUACAAAUAGCAAGUCCUCUGAGUUAGCCGUCUCCGACAGCUCCGGCCGGCGGGGAAGUCAUUUGGGAGAUGCGUAGAUGGGUAGAUUGUCAUGUGGCUUCAUCCACCUACCUCUUUUUCUGCUCCAUCAUCUUCUUUCUUUGUUUUGGUUCGUGAGGUCCUGGGAUGUGAAAGAAGCUUUCUGAAAUUUCUUGCACACGAACAUGUGGAAAUCAAUAAUCCACCAAUAAUUGCCGUCAACCUCGAUAUGCACCCAUUAUGAACCGCAUUUAAAGCCGAUGUCUUUCACCAAAACUAAGUAAUUUUAUAAAGAUCAAAACUUGCUUGCUGGGAGCUACCUUUGCAUUGUCUAGGAAUGGCAUUUGGUUCUGGCAACAACACCAUGAGUUGGGUUUGUUUGCAUUUGCUUCUUGUUUUGGUUUUCUCAGCAAAGGCAGUUCUUUGUGGCACACUGGUCAAGUCUAUUCCGGGUUUCGCUGGUGAUCUUCCUUUUAAGCUCUACACUGGGUAUGUCAGUGUGGGUAAAGCAGAGAUGUUUUACUACUUCAUUGAGUCAGAAGGAAACCCCAAAGAAGAUCCUUUGUUGUUGUGGUAUAGUGGAGGCCCUGGUUGUUCUGUUUUAAGUGGUAUCGUAUACGAAAAUGGUCCUAUAGUUUUCAAUUAUACAGCUUAUGAAGGAGGGUUACCAUCUACAUAUUACUACCCAUACUCAUGGACAAAGACUGCAAGUGUAUUGUUUGUGGAUGCACCUGUUGGCACUGGUUUCUCCUAUGCAACUAGUGCAGAUGAAUUCCCUUCUUCAGAUUUAAAAACAGCAGCACAGGUUUAUGGAUUUUUGAGGGAGUGGUUGGAAGAGCACCCACGAUUUCUCAAAGUUCAGCUAUUUAUUGGGGCUGACUCAUAUUCAGGCCUGACGGGCACCAUCGUUGUCAAAUACAUAAUAGAUGACAAUGAUGCCGGAGUACUGCCACGACUCAACCUCAAGGGGUAUGUUAUAGGGUGUCCACUUACUGAUCAAACUCUCAAUGGGAAUUCAAAGUAUGUUUAUUCUCAUCGGAUGGGGCUUAUAUCAGAUGAACUCUACGAGGCAGCUAAAGAAAGCUGCAAUUCAAGUUUCUAUGAUGCUACCACGUCAGAGCCAGAAUGCUAUGAGGACGUUCAAUUGAUGGCAAAGCAAAUUAAAGACAUAAACAAACUCUGCAUUCUAGAGCCAAAGUGCACGUGGGCUUCCCCAGACCAAGAUGGAGAAACAGCUCGUAGAUAUUUACAUGAAAAUCCUGAAGAAUUCAUCCGGUCACUUCCAAAAGAUCCUGAAUACUACUGUCGAAACUUCAAUUAUAUGCUGGCUUAUGUAUGGGCAAACGAUGAAGGUGUAAGAAAGGCACUUAAUGUCAGAGAGGGAACAGUACUAGAUUGGAAGAGAUGCAAUAAAAGUUUGUCAUACACAGAAGAUGUGGAAAGUGUCGUUGAGUAUCAUAAAUACCUCAGUACCAAGGGAUUACAAGUUCUGAUAUUCAAUGGUGAUCAUGACCUUACAGUCCCAAACACCGGUACGGAAGAGUGGAUAAGAAGUUUGGAUUUGCCUGUUGUCCAGUAUUGGAGACCGUGGCUAGUUGAUGGUCAAAUUGCUGGAUACACUGUCAAGUAUUCAAGUAGUGAGGGAUACCGUUUGACUUAUGCAACUGUAAAGGGUGCUGGGCACUCAGCUCCUGAAUACAAGCGUAGGGAAUGUUAUAUCAUGUUUGAUAGGUUCAUCCAUUACUAUCCUCUCUGAAAAAGAUGCAGCGAGCUUCAAGAUGAUCAAGGACGGAUUGUCCCUUUUUAUAACUUUCUCUAUGUGUCCUGUAUUUGUAGCUUGAGUUUCCAAUAAAUUAGUUAGGGUUGUCUUCUUUUUAUUAGAAAUUGCUUUUUGAAACUCUAUCAAAAUUGUAGAGCCAGAGGAUGUAGUCAUGUUUGAUAUAUUUAAGUUGAUGAAUGACUAAUUGGCAGUAGAUGUACUGAUUGUAUUA